CAUUCCGGUCUAGGGGUAAGAUACUUGCCUCUAGAUUCGGCCAUCCGGGUUCGAUUCCCGGGCAAUGCACGUGGCAUUGCCGCUACCUGACCGCUUGGAACAGCGUGAGAGUUCCGGUUAGCACCUUGGUCCACUGGAUGUGGUGCUUAACCCUUGGCUUAACCCAAAACCAACCAACCAAACAACUACUGAAUAUUGAUUCAGUCUGGACCAAUCUGAAAAAUAACAAAAUAUUGCUGGGUGAAGACACAACUGCAUCAAGAAACUUUUCAACAAUGGCAUGCAAUAGCUAUUUGGCUCCUUCUCCAGAACAGUCUUUAGAAGCUGAGGCGGAAGAAGUUACAGAGCCACAAGAUGGUGAACUUAGAGAGGCCUCAAGAAAUGAGACCACCACUGAGAUGCAUUCAAAACCAAGAGGACAACUGGCCACUAUGAAACUCAAUGACACUAAGGCAGGAAUGGAAGGACUUGAUACUGACAAGAUAAAUCAGAUUAUUGAGGAGGCAUCGAGAGGUUCCAAGUUCUACAACCACAAGAAGCAACGGCAGGAGAAGAUCGACGAGCGGAUUCGGCGAAUGCUCGAGCUCAAAGAUUCGUUCACUCCUGAACAGAUUGCCCGAGCAGAGGCCCAGAUGGACGCGCUGACGGCCCACCUGGAGCAGUCACGUGACCUGAGCCGGUUCAUUGUGCACGUGGACAUGGACGCCUUCUACGCUGCCGUCGAAAUGCGAGACCGGCCCGAGCUAAGGGACGUACCGAUGGCUGUCGGCAGUAACAGUAUGCUGAGCACCUCCAACUACGCCGCACGAAAGUUCGGUGUGCGGGCCGCCAUGCCCGGCUUCAUCGGCCGCAAACUGUGCCCCCAGCUGGUGAUCGUGCCGUGUGACUUUGACAAGUACCGCGCCGCCAGCCAGCUGGUGCAGCAGGUGAUGGCCAGGUACGACCCGGACUUUUCGAUGGUGUCUCUGGACGAGGGCUACCUGGACAUCACGGACCGAGUGGCCACUGAGAUGGACGGAGACACUGGAGACCAGUCGGAGGACGAGGUGGCUCAGAGACUGGUCAGGGAGAUGCGGGCCGAGAUCUGCCGGCUGACGCGGCUCACCGCCAGCGCUGGUAUUGCCGCCAACGGCAUGCUGGCCAAAAUCUGCUCGGACCAAAACAAACCGGACGGCCAGUUCUUCCUGCCCCGCGAGCGGCGCGCCGUGCUCGACUUUCUGCGCGAGCUGCCCGUUCGGAAGGUAAGCGGCAUCGGCAACGUGUUAUCUCAGCAGCUGGCGGCGCUGGAGGUGACGCGCUGCGGGGAACUCCUCGAGCGCCGCGGCCUGGUGCGACUCUUGUUCUCUGAGUGUGCCCAGCUGAGUCUGCUGCGCGCCGGACUGGGUGCCGACCCGCCCGGGGUGGGGCGGGACGAGGACUCCCACCAGAAGUCUGUCAGCACGGAGACGACAUUCGCGGCUACCGCAGACCCCGCGCAGCUGUCUGAGCUGCUGGGAGAGCUGUGUCAGCAGCUGUCCGAAGACCUCCGCCGCAAGGGCCUGCGCGGGCGAACUGUCACGCUGAAACUCAAGACGAGUUCGUUUGUGGUGCGAUCACGAGCCACCACACUGGCCGAACCGACCUCAGCGGCGGCUGCGCUGCUCUCCGCCACCCGGCCGGCGCUGGCCCGCGAGCUGGCGGCAGGUGAACCUCUGCGGCUGCUCGGGGUGCGUGCGUCGGCCCUGGUGGCCGCUGAGGUUGCCGCCGGCCGACGCCAGGCCACCCUGACCGAGAUGACUGGCCGCGCCGCCGCGCCUCGACAUGAAUGUCCGGUCUGUGGACGAACUGCUGGGUCCCUGGCGGAGCUGUCUGCUCAUGUGGAGCAAUGUCUAGAUGGGGAGGCGGGCGGUGGGGGAGAGCAGAGUGAGGGACGGCCUACGGGGACGGAUGACUGUGCUGCUGAGAGCGAGAGUGGUAAUGGUGGAGCUAUAGAGACUUCUGGAGGUGAUGCUGCGGAGUGUGGGCCGACGAAGGAGGAAACUGUGCUGUCUGUAGGCUCACCUCAACCCUCCAGCUGUGAUAAUGUUUCUGAAGACCCUAUCAGUCACGCACCUGCGAAUGGAAUUAGUGAUCCCGCUGCAUGUGUGGGACCGUCAUCUGCCAGCGACGGGGAUCGACUUCAGUUGGGUAAUGUAGAGGAUACUACUCCGGCUUCUGCUGCAGAGACGGCCUGUGGCGGCCCCUCAGCGGCCUCGUGUCCUGUCUGUGGCCGCCCCAUGCCCGAGGAACUAGAGCUCAUCAACCGCCACCUGGAUGAGUGUCUGAACCAGAAGUUAUUGUCUCGGUUAACAGAUGGCGGGCCGGUCGGCGGCCAGAAGCGGCCGCCAGCACCGCACUCUGGAUUGCCUCGGACCAAACAUAAGCGGAUCGACUCGUUCUUUACUGCUGUCAAACGAUCGUGAUUAUGAAUGCGAGUGAAUGAAGCGGGCUUGCCUGAAAGAGUCGUUUUAGGCAGAUAUUGAGUGAUAGAUGUUUCUUUGAAAAAGUUAUAAUAAACGAAACGUCGGGUAAUUUUUGUUGUAAUAUCUUGCAUAUUUAUGAAAUUGAGUGAUAGAUUGCGAGUUGUGUAGGUAUACCUAUGUUUGAUUCAGUUUAUGCUUGUAUUUGUUUAGGCGCUUGAUUCAUGCCUUACUCAUAACGGUAAUGUAUUUUUCAUACGCUUUAAAGUUUGUAGUCGUUGGCGUUUUGACGUGUGUCGUCAACAUUGCCUUUUGCUUCGUGAUAUCUGGCCUAAAUAUUAUGUUAUCGUCGACAUUUGACAGAGCUUGACUGUAACUUGCAAGCACCGAACUUGCGCUGUCAUUGGGUAGUUUUUGCUGAUAGGUUUAUUCUGCUGAAACCCUUUCGUAUUCAAGUGAUAUCUUUGAAGAAUACGAUACUGUGUAUUGCUGCUGGACUUGUAUGGCCAUUUGACAUGUCAAUAUUGUGUGGAAAAUACGAUGCAAUGAAGGUAAAUAAAGGAUAGAGGAUACCUGGAA